CGGACUGGACUGCUGGCAAGGUGCUGAAGGCCGAAGGUUCGAGCGACGGUGCGCAUAGCUGUUUUGUGCAGUAUGGCCUGAGGAGCAAUAAAGACACGUUCAAGUGGGAGAACAUGCGCUUGACGCAUAGGGACGGCUGAGUGGGCCACUAGUUAGCUGUGAUCGAUCAAUUGAUGUCUGGCGGGGCAAGUGCGGCUCUAGCUCUGAUUCCCGCUCCCGCCCUAGCGCCGUCAUACUGCCCCAUGCUGUGUCGCCAUGCCGCUACCGCUACUGUUCCUUUCGUUCUCCUCUCGCAGAGCGACAUGCCCUCGACUGGCGACAAAGGUGACGACCGCUUCGACGUGGCGCACCAGUACGGCGGUCGCCCACUUGGGGCUGCCGAUUUGCUUCGGUCUGCGCCUGCCACAAACUCUAAUCCACCCCGGAACUACCAACAGACGGUACCCAACCCAAAUUCAGGCCGUACAUACGGCAACGUCUCCUGCCCUAUGCGUCCAGAUCCCCAAGCGCCUGUUCAUAUCAUCAAGCUUCUCACCCCUGGCCCUGGUCACUCCGCCUUCAUGCUUCCCGGCGCAGGAAGGAUACACGAUGCCUCCUCUGCCAUGUCCCGAGACACGUCCAGCCAGAGUCUUGCCCUGACGCCCUCACCUUCUGAAUCCCAUGCCGCAAUACCGGGCACGUCGACAGUGGGGAGCAAAGCGGCAGACGCAAGCGACGACGAAGAUAAGGAUCCAGCCGACGCGGAUCUGUUCCUCAGACACGUGCCACAGAGCACGUUGUCUGAUUAUCAUCCGCGAAGAACCACUGGGGGUGAUUACGGGCCCUUGCGUGAGCUUGAUUCAGGAACUCGCGAUCCCUCUGAACGCAUUUCUCCCUUUGCUCAAAUUCGAAAGCUCUACAGUCAUUAAAGCAACCUGGCUGAAAUGCUCAUUUUUCGAUUUGGUGUAUGGGAAUUAUGUAUGCACGACGGUAAAUUUUGGGAUCAUGGUUGCAUUGCGGAUGUUCACAUGGCAGGAGUUGGUCUUCUAAGGUUCUAUUUGCCGCUUGGUCCGGCAUCUUUCGCAUCAUUUAACGUACUAGGCGUUUAUGGCAUACAUUGGAUAUCGAGAUACCUCUUUGCGUUAUUAAGAAUGGCGAAUUAUCACUUGGGCUGCGACGUCCCUCGCACCUUCAGUCUGUGGGCUCAAGAUGUUACAGCAUAUGGUGUGUGUAGCGAAUGAGCACUACGAAUUCCACCUCUGUUGGCAGAACUUAAUUCCUAUAGUCGGCGAUGGACUUCAAAUACUAACACAGAACUACAUGGAAAGCAAGGAAAUCAGUCAAUAGGUUGU